UGCUACCUUGCAUCCAUUGCAUCUACAAUGUGAUGUGCUGUCAUAUGAGGAACAAUAUGUUUUCCUCUUCCAACAUAUUGGAUGGUUUGAUGAUGUAAAUGCGGUCCAACCAAUGUAGUUGGAGUUUGUGAUCAGUUGGAUCCUGGUUAUCCACAUUUCACCGUCAAUUUCUCGGCCAUAAUGGCUUUUUAUACCGUACGGCGGAACCGCAUUUUUAUGAUCAUUGCGUUAUUUUUUAUUCCUGUUCUUCUUUUGCUUAUAAGAUCUAAUGGCAGUGGCAAAGUUCUCAGAACUGCUGUUGAAGUGGAUCCAUCAAUUUUAAUUAGAAUGAAAGAAAUGUCAGCACGAUUACGUUCUGCAGAGUCCAAGAACGAUGCAGUGGCCCAAACUCUUAUAUCCUUGCGAGAAUCAAGCUUUCAAUCUUCACAUAAAAAAAGCACCAACAAAACGUCUUUACGAAAUUUAGCAUUUUCCAACAACAAAGAAUUGACUUUACCAAGUAUAUAUAACUAUAUGUCACACCUGUUAAAAAAUCCGAAGAGUUUGGUGCCAGAGAUUCUUCUUUCAGCUGGACGAAGUGGAGUUUCUCUUGCAUUCGGAGUUCCAACCAUCAAAAGAAACAAGGCAUCGUAUGUUUUGGACACUAUUCAGUCAUUAUUACAUGGACUUUCUCCAAAUGAAGAGGAGGAUUGUAUAAUCAUCAUAUUUAUUGCGGAAAUUGACGAUAAAGAAUUUGUACUAAGUCUUAUCGAAGAUUUAAGAAGGCGGUUUGGAAAUGCACUUCGUUCAGGUCUGCUAGAAGUAGUUGUUCCACCGAAAGACUUUUAUCCAGAUCUAGACAAUUUGCCAAAAGAUAUUACAUUUCAUGAUCCCCCUUCCAGAGUUAAAUGGAGGACGAAGCAAAAUCUGGAUUUUUCAUAUCUUAUGAUGUUCGCCCAACAGCGGGCUAUGUUUUAUAUUCAGCUUGAAGACGAUUUGAUAGCAACACCUGGUUAUGUCAGCACCAUCCGCACAUUUGCCUUACAGCAAACACAAAAUCGAUGGAUGAUUCUUGAAUUUUCGUCGCUGGGAUUUAUUGGAAAAUUGUUUCGUACCAGUGAUUUACCAAUGAUUGUCGAGUUCUUCCUUAUGUUUCACAAAGAUAAGCCCGUUGAUUGGUUGCUUGAUCACAUACUUUGGGUGAAGGUCUGCAACCCAGAUAAAGAUCAGGCUCAUUGCAAUCGUGAGAAGGCACAACUACGCAUUCGACUGAAACCGUCUCUCUUUCAACAUAUUGGGAAAGAAUCAUCGUUACCUGGAAAAAGACAGAACUUAGUUGAUAAGGAUUUCAAGAAAUCUCCAUUGUUCCAAGCUCAUUUAAAUCCUAAAGCAACUGCAAUAACGACUAUAAAUGUGUAUCAAUCACAUUCUAUCGAGAGGGCGUACACCGGUCAGACUUACUUUUGGGGAUAUACUCCACAUAAAGGAGACGUUGUUAGGUUUAAAUUUGUUGACAGCUUAAUUCUUGAGCAUUUCCGUGUAAAAACUGGCAAUGUGGAACACCCUGGUGAUAUUUUCUCCAAUGCUUCUAUCGAACUGUUGACAACAGAGAAUAAGUUAAAACGAGAUAAAUCUGCUGAGCUGAAUGAUGCAGAAAAUGCGGCAGAUAAUGAAGAUAACGAUCAAGGGGUGUCAUUGGAGUAUUUUCCGUCUGAUUACGUUCUUGUUGGGCGGUUUGUGAACGGUCUUGCCGAUGGCACUGUUCCAAAUGAGAUUGGUGAAGUUAGUGAGCUGUUGAUACGUAUCAACGAUCAUAUUGGACAGAAUUGGGUCAUAAUUAGCGAAAUCCAUCUCAUGGCGAAAAGGUGACAGCAAUCAUUCCUCGAUCCUGAUCACGCCUUUAUGGGCCGGCCACAAAUGCUAAAAGCACCUGGCGAAGUACAAUUUUUGCAUUCGUUUUUAUCAUCCAUCUUACUUGCAUUUGUAAAGUAAACUUUUUACGCAUCCAGCGAGAGUUUCAUCUACGAUUUAUUUUUUACACAUUGAACGGAAAACGAUAAAAUUUAUUAUGAGCAUGCGCUAAUUAUAUUUUUGUGGUGCUAAACAUUUGUUGACUGAAGUUGAUUGCUUUCUCAAUGUGAGCUGAGCUUUUUAUAAUACUACUAGUAGUUCACCGAGAUUCAAAUAAUUUAACCCUUAGUUUUCAAAUACAUCUUUCAAAUGAUGUGUACGUCUUGAAAUUUAAUAAUCAUACGAACCAAUGCUGUGAAGUUAUAAAGAAAGAUGAAGUGCUUUCACAAACCAAUGAAGACAUAGAGAAACAGUUUUGGUUUCAAAAUAGCUGCACGAGCCUUGCUACCAAUCUAUGGCAAUAAAUAAUGGAAGUCCUUUUUGGGCAUCUCAAGUGCAUGUUUGAAAAUGUUCAGUGAAUGAAUUAACUUAACAAACUUGAUUUUUGAUUAAUUUUUGUAAAUAAUGAAUUUUCAUGAAUCAUCUUUCCUCGUAAUAAUUUUUACAACUCACCAAAUCGAAUCAUCGCAAAAGUAUUUUUGUAAACAAGGCUGUGCAAUAAGCUAAGGAAGGCACUAAUUCCCAAAUAAAAGAUAUCUACCCAGAAAACAAAA